CCCGGUUAGUCAAGCCUCCUCUGAACUGGACUGUAGGGUUUCACUCCCGUAAGAGUUUUUUUUCCACUCUGGCUCAGCGAGUGGCCCUGUUUGAGGACUUCGGCCUGCGUGCCGAGUCGCAGGCCAGGCGCUGAUUAUGACUUGAGAAACGGCCCAUUGUUUGCCUCUGAAUGAGGGCUCUCUGCCCUAAUCUGGCAUUAGACUGCAGAUCUGCUCAAAGUCUCUUACACGCAACAAAUAUGCUCACAUUCCACAGAACGGAUGAACACUCCUGCCUUGUUUACCUCACAAACCGGAGCUCUGAGCGGUGCUGAGUCAGCACCGCUCAGAGGAAGAAAAUGCGCGUCGAUGAAGUGACAUUGGUUUCUACAAAUGAAUUGUGUGCAACCUUUUAUUCUGGAUCGCAGCGGAAAUGUAAAGAGUGGUGAUAAAAAAAACAACAUUUGUUGGCAGGAAAACAUUAAACACUCUCAUUAGCAGUUUGCAAAAAGCCGUGUACAUCGAUGAACCGCGUGGGAGAAAGCGCUCUGGCCAGUGAAGCUUAUCGCAGAGCUUUAUAUACAAAAACAAACUUGAGUUGUUUUUAAAUCGCCGCGUUUCCAUUAAGGCUUACUGUUUGUAGAAAACUGCAUCUUUUCAAGCCUCUGGCAGGACAUCAGUAACCGUCAGAAGUUCACACCCUCCACUGCUAAUCCUGCGACGGUAUGUCGACCGAGUGAGUCAGAAACCAUCAGUUUCUGGGACCGUUUCAGGUUCAACUGCAGAGGCUCAUAGCAGCCGGCGCUUUGUGGAGUCCGGGGCCGGGGGUGGCAACUAGAGGGGCGACAGACACAAGGGCAGGAAGUAAGAGGAGCAGGAGCUUUGAAGCAUGCAAGAAAGUUUCCCUUGAGGCUGACGGUGGAAGCAAUCAGCUGCUGGGCCUCCGAGUGUAAAGCAGCGGCUGCUUCGCGUUGGGCCAGUGUGACAUCUAGUGGCUAAAAGGCAGAAUGCAGGGGCCACACUGAGUCUUACCUUUAAGAGCCUCACACCUGCUGAGUCAGUUUGUCUUUCUACGUUUUUAUGGUUCUCUACUUGGAUAUAAACUAUAAGUGUGCCUGCUGUGGUUCGUUUAAAAAAAGCCCCACGCUCUGUGCCACUCUGCAGCUGGAAAAAUGGGCAGUUUGAUUUGUUUUCUUUCUUCUUUUGCCAAAGUGUUCAAGAAAAAAAAGGGGAAGCGGCAUCGCAGCAGGGGAAGCUGAUUAGCACUUCUGUAACGACUCAGUCUUCCAAAGUAAACAUUUGCUCUGCUGUACGCACACACGACACAGGGAGUGAGGCCGCUUCGACACCUGCUGAAGAGAGCCCGACGAUCACAGGAGGAAGGAAGAGAAUAGAAGCGUUCAGCCUGGGCAGCGAGCAGCCUGCCUUUGCUCGUUCUUAACCGCACGUGCAAUCGAUUCUGUGUCAGCCUUUGCUAUUUGCUGGGUUGCUAGGCAGUCGGUGACGUAUCAAACGGCAGAAAAACACCCCGCCAGACCUUGAAGGGCAGAGCUUCCCCUUCCCCUCAUGAUCGCUCGCCUCCGAAACCAAGAGUCAGCCCUGCGCCUGCUCGCAGCAGAUGCCACCUCUUCGUGCAGCCACAGGCAAACCACAUCAGUACGCAGGAUUUGCUGACUUCACAAGCUAACGGACGAGUCUCUUCGUCUCGUGCAAACAAAAAAAAAGUGCACAAGAAAGAGGAAGGAGAGGAAGGUGUGUGUGUGUGUGUGUUUGCUACUGUGCAGCCGGAGGAGGAGUGUAUGUUGGAUGAAGCAGUCGCAGCAUGCGGGUGCCAGCACAUGUCUCCAGCUCUGGACUCGUCCUUCAGCGUCCGAUGAUGAGUUCUGGAGAAGACGCGGCAACACAAGGUAAUGACUGACCUUCUUUUUGAGCGUAGCGUCCUAGAGGAAGUUUGGCUGCGUGUCCUUGCGGUUUGACACGCUUGGCAUUUUUGGAUGACUCGGGCUUGUUUUGAAAUCAUUUUCAUGCGUCUGAGGUGUGAUCGACGUCUUGACUGCUGGGUCCCGCUGUCUUAUGUUUUGCUUUGUAAUCCCGAUCUAAGAAGUUUUAAGAUGAGGAGAGCAUCUCUGUAUCUCAGUCUGGAGACGUUCGCGGAGUGAAAGAAAAAACGGCUAGAUGUUGGACGACCAGACAACAUCUAUCCAACACCGUUCAUGGGUCGAGACAAGUCCAGGUUUCCAGCAAAACGGCCAAAAAGAAAGAGGAAAAAAAAAUGUCACUGUUUUUCUCUUCCUCUUGUAGGAAGGGUGUGGACCAGUCUUGAUGACAGAGGGAAGGCUGAUGCUUCUCUGAUAAAAACAAUUUAAAAAAACACGCUCUGAGCAUUAGAUUUCCUGUUGCAGUCUUUAUCAAAGUUUAGUCUGCUUCCUUCAAUGUCAACACUGUUGAGCACGCAAAACAAUUAACAAUCCUGACAACUGUUGGGCUUUGCUUUCACGCGGCUCCUUUAGUUUCGCACUGCAUGCCAUCUUCAUGAGCUGAAAAAGGGAAUUCAAAUUUGUAGAAAGUGCUUACUUAAUACUACAUUGUGAAAUCUCACGAAGCUUUCUCUGACAGGGCUGACGCGGGUGCUUCCAGUUUGUUUGUUUUGUUUUUUUAUCUAACUCUGCGGUUUAUCAGGAAAACCCCUCCUCUAAACUGUUAGGCCGUAAACUUCAGGGCAGGGCUGCACCUUGGCUGCUGGAGUCUGUAUCUCCUGGACCACAGCAGGAAAAAAUGAGGUGUUGAUGGCGUGAUCAGAUUUAGAGAUGCAACAUCCAGAGGAACAAGGAAAAAAAAUAAUAAUAAUAAAAAAGUCAUUGGAUGUUCGUGUGAACCCUGAGAACCUGGAGGUUUGAUUUAAAAACAGCUGCAAAACUGCUGGGACUUUAGCUGGAGCCUCUGGUCGACUGGCAGCUUCUGCAACAAACUCCCCGGGCGCCGGAGUGCAUCACGCGUUAAACCAACAUCCUAUAAUGUGCAAAUGUUCAACAUUAGCACAUUAAAAUGUCUUAAAAGCGAUAAUUGGAUGCUGGAUUGACUGUUAUCCAUCAAGUCACAUGGACUUGAUGGAUAACAGAGCAGACAGAGAUGGAAGCAAAGAUGCUGAACAGAUUGGAGGAAGAUGGAAAUCGAACACAAUUAGUAAGGAUAUUUAUUUAUUUACUGUCGGCCAUUUUCAACGCUUCUACGCACAAGUCCAAAAGAGUGAACUAAUAAUAAAAAAAGAAAAAACACAAUCCUGACAACAAGACAGCAGCAACAAAGACCAGACCAAUGCAGAAACAUAUAAACAAUAUUUCAAUUGAUGUCAGUGGUGAAAACACAAGAACCACAAACUUAUUAUGCCUUCACACGGCGGCAUCAAAAUCCAAACAGCAGAAUCUUUUCUGGUUUAGUUCCAGCUGAGUCUGCAGGGAAACCCGCAAAAUAAAACAAAAUCAAACCUUAUUGUAGUUUAGCAAAUUAUAUUUAUCAAUUUUUUUUUUAUUUAAUGAGUGAAAAACAAAGUUUUGACUCCUCACAACAAUUAUUCCACAUCUGAACCUUUUACUACUUAAACACAGUUGUUUUGAACCUUUAGUUGUUGUCUUUUUAAUGAAUUUUUUAAACACACUUCUCUAUUAGUCUGUUUCUUUAACUCUUUAUGUCCUAAGUUUAAAAUAUCUGCUUUUAUUAAUAGUACCCAGUUCUUUAAAUGUCCUGAGUAAAUAUAUUUUGCCCAUUAAACCAUAACAACUGGGACUUUCGAUAUCUACCAAGUUAUUUUUACUAUUUACUGUCUAUUAAAAGAGCAGAUCAAUUUCACUUCCUGCUACAGCCGGGGGUCAGAGUUACCGUAAUGACCCGAUGUCGGCAGGAGAGCGCAACGUCUCCCCUUUCUGCUGAAUCUGUCUUCAGUCUUUCAGACAGCGCAGGCGUGUGGAGGAAUUGGGUCGUUUCAUUUCAAACCACUUCUCACCUCGGAAGGAGUUUGUUCUUGUCUUUGUCCAAGAUGUCCUCAAUGCAAGUAACCAAACUCAUGCAGUUAAAACAGUCAGUCACAAAAACACAAGUUUCAGCCUCAGUCCAAGUUUCGAGUGAGGCCCCCAGUAAUUUUUGUGGACUCUUUUCUUUCAAAUACCAGGAUAUUUUGAGGGGGAAAAAAAAGAGUCUGGUGCUGCUGUCUUAGAAAGUAUUGACAGUAGAGUUAACAACAAUUUUAUGCUAUUUAUAUUCUCAUGCACAGGUAUUGAUUUACCUCCAUCAAGCUUUUUUUUCUGUGAUAAAAGAUAAAGGUUUUACACAGCUCAACAAACCAGUUGCUUUGAGGACAUUUCUAUAAAUAGCAGGCUGUAGGACAAGCGGGAGCAAACGUAAGACAGCAGACAUAGACAAACGGGUUCUGAAGCAGCUGUUCUGCUAGAACGUGGCAGCGCGUCGGAGGAAAAACAGCUGCUCAUCGCGAUAGCGAAAGUUGAGGCGAGGGAUGUGGGGCUGGACGGCAGGCCCGUUUGGUUCGGCAAAAACGUCCCCAGCUCUGCUCAGAACAAACUCGUAUGAAGAAGUUUCUCCUUUUGUGAGUUUGUGAACAAGUCAGAGCAACUUUCUCUGUUUUUUUCUCGCUGCUUUGACACCUCUUUUCCUCUUCUCUUUCAGUAGCGAUGCUGACUAAGAACAUGAACUGACAAACCCGCCAUUGGUGGUGUUUUCACUUAAUAAGAGAACAGCAACAUAAUGACUGCAAAUGAAACUGGACCGACAGACGGGUUCUCGAGCAACCUCCACCACCCGUCCUGCAACCAUGACUUGUCCUGCUGGGAGCAGACGAUGGAGAAGAUGUACACCUACUUCUACCUGCUGCUCUUCGUCCCCGGCCUCUUCCUCAACACCACCGCUCUCUGGGUCCUCUGCAAACACUUCAGUAAGAAGACCAAAGCGGUGAUAUUCAUGAUAAACCUGGCUUUGGCAGACCUGAUCCACGUCCUCUCUCUGCCCCUACGGAUCUACUAUUACUUCACUCACUCCUGGCCCUUCGGAAAAGGCGUCUGCCUGCUCUGCUUUUACCUCAAAUACCUAAAUAUGUAUGCCGCAAUUGUGUUCCUGGUGUGCAUCAGCAUGCAGAGACACUUGUUCCUCCUCAAGCCGUUCGCCGCCCGCCGCUGGAGGCGUCGCUACGACCUGCUCAUCAGCGUGGUGGUGUGGGUGUUUGUCGCUGCCGCCUGCUCGCCUUUCAUUCUGAUGCGGAGCAGCGGGAGCGGCGGCGCCGCGUCCAACGCCACCGAGAGCCUCGCCCAGCGUCCCUCGGCCAACGCCACGCCGUGGAGCCCGACGUGCAGUCCGAACGCCAGCGCCCCGACCGGCAACGGCAGCUGCUUCAAAGACCUGCCCAUGCGGAAGAUCUCCGUCCCGCUGGCUGUCAGCAUGAUCAGCAUGUGCGAGCUGUUUGGAUUCCUGCUCCCACUCGUCUGCAUCAGCUACUGCUCCAUCCGCAUUGCCUGGUCCCUCAACCACAGCCAGCCCCAGGACCGGCAGGACUCGGGCGCUCCCGCCGCCUCGAUGCGCAGCAGACUCCAGUCCUUCACUUCCAACGGCCAGGCGGACAAAAGCCACGAAAAGCCCGCCAACGGCAGCGAGAAGCGGCGCGCCCUGCAGAUGGUGCUGAGCUGCUCGGCUCUGUUCCUGCUCUGCUUCGCCCCGUACCACAUCAACUUCUUGCUCUACUUGAUGGUCUCGCAGAGGUUCCUCACACACUGCGCCACCACGCUGGCCGUCAAACAGUUUCACCCCAUUUCCCUCUGCCUGGCCAGCAUGAGCUGCUGCCUGAACCCGCUGCUGUAUUACUUCCUGAACGCCGAAUUCAGAAUGCACCUCAGGCGCACCUCGUCCUUCUCCAACUCGUUCAUGUCCUCGCCAAGCUCCCCGAGAGACGGCCUGACGCAAGCCAAGCUGCUGAGGUUGGAGAGCACCUGUUCCGAGAGGGACUAGCAUGGCAGAGAGAGGAUCACAGAGGGCCUCGCAAAAGUGUCCAUGCUGCCUCUUGAACUCUUUCACAUUUGUUUUGGUCACAGACUUAAUUGUCUAUUUCUGUGUCUUUUCUUUUUGAGAAAAAAAAACAAGUGUGCAAUUGUAAAGUGGAACCAUCUGUGGACACAAGUUUUCAAGUCUUGCCAGAUAUUCUCAACUGGAUUGAUUUUUCCACUUUGAUUAUUACGUAAUGACAUAUAAAUAGUGUCAUUAACAGAUUUUUAUGUUCACUUAUUGUUGUGAGGAACUUUGAUUGGAAAGUUCACAUAAUAAGGCUUAACCUGCUGCUCUCUGAGUCUUCUCAGUCCUCUUAAAGGGACGGUGUUAUGUGAAAUUGACUUUGUGAAUGUCACAAUGUCAUCGUCAAAAAUACACCUGGAGUGUU